CAGUGACAAAAUACUUUCAUGCCACUAAUUACUUGUUACGGUGACCUAGCUAAAUCCUUCAGAUUUGUAUAAUUUGCAUUUAUUUGAUUGUGAUUUCUCCUUUAUAGCCGAGACGUUUGCAUUUUCCUUGCUCUUUCAGAUUUGACAAUCUGUAGUUUUGUUACUGUUUUUUAAUCCAGGAGUACCACUCCUGAUUCAGGCCAUAAACUAGUAACAAACUGCUAAAGCUGUGAAGACACUGGGAUGGAUAUGUUGCACUACCUUCCUUUUACACAAACCUGUUUGAAGUCAAGUUACUGCUAGAGAUGUGUAUGUCAAGCCUGGAUGAUCUUGAUCCCCAGUGUUUCUGUUCCCUGCAGUUCCCUGUAGAGCAGGGGGUUCUUUCUUACGGGUUCUGUUGCUUUUGAGGCUUGCUGUUGUGCAAGUUCUUCAAGGAAAUCUGGAGCUCUUGGCAGGUUAAUGUGGAAUCUUCAAAAAACGGAUUGGAUCCUGUUUAAAUGGAAGAAUUUCUGGCUCUACAUUUAUUGAAUAUGUGCUUAGGUUAGAAAUCUUAUUAUUUUAGUCCAGUCUACAUUGAGUGCUACCUCUUGUCUUUAAUUUUGAUUUUAGAAGGCUGUAUUGUUUUGAAAUGUCAAGCUAAUGAACUUUUCUCAAAGAAGGACAUUUCUUUUCUGUUUUUCAUGGUUUGGAAGAGGAAGCCUGUAAGCUGUGACAGCCAUUCUGUUUUUAAUCAUGGACCAGGUCUACAAUGUGACAUUUAUUCCUAAGUAAAGGAACAGUAUGCAUGUAAAUGCUAGAGAUAAAAUAAUCAUUUUUUCUUUUAAUUGAGGAAAGAGGUAGGACAAAAAACCUGGGUAUAAUUUUCCAGUUUUGGGACUGCUGGACCGGUGGGAGGUGGUAAUUAUUGACAAUGACAAAUAACCUUUGUGUGGCUUUCUCACAUAUUAGUUAAUUGUUUCUUUGGUUUAAAAUUUGAGCUUUGCAUAUAAUUUUGCUCUUUUGAAGUUAUUUUAUUGGUGACAGAUCAUUGUUGUACUACUGGUUAAUAUACAUGUUGCUCUUCUUAAGCUUCUAGCUGCUGCAGAGUGCUGAGGAUUCAUAACUUCAGUUCAGAGCACAGCUGCUCUUUUCUGCCCUCUGGAAGCUGAGUUCAGAUGUUUGGAUGGGCUUGGCUAUCUUGAUGAAGUUCAGCAAGCAGGACAGGGAGUUGAUGGAACAGCAUGGUGAAUUGUCUCCAGUCUGUAUUUACAUGCGAGAUGAGAUAUCAGGAAAAGAUGCCUUGGAGAAGACAACACUGAAAUCCCUUGGCCUGAUUGGAGGCAAUGCCAUUGUCAGAGUUGUCAUGAAGAAAUGCAGUUCAUCUGGUGGGGAGGAAGUUGUGGGUGCCAUGGUGCCUUGUGAUGAGCCAACAGUGAAGCAAGGCUCUGUGGAAGGAGCAGUGGAUGUGCCUCUACCUCAAGCAAACACAUUUCCCAAGGACUUGGAGCAUAUGGAUGUGGCUGUGUCUUUAAACAGCUGCACACACAAGCAAGACUCAAUUAAAGAUUCUGAUGCUAGCUUGGAGGAGCUGUGGCAUUCCCCAGAGCCUGAGCCUACCCCAUUUGUCCCUUUUUCUGGAGGUGGAGAGCGUUUGAGGGACUCUGCUGUAGCUGUACCAUCUUCAAAGCUGCCAAAAACUUUUUCCAGCCCUGGAGGCCCUUCUAAGCCAAAGAAGUCUAAGAGCAGCCAAGAACUGGGAAAGGAGCAAGAACAGCUUGUUGAACGUGAGCCCCUUAUAUGCCACCUAGACCUACUGGAGCAACUCCCUGAUGAUCCAGAAGAGCUUCCUGAUGAAUUUUUUGAAGUCACAGUGGAUGAUGUGCGGAAACGUCUGGCACAACUGCAGAAUGAGAGGAAACGCCUGGAAGAAGCUCCACUGCUGACAAAGUCUUUGAAGGAGUCCCAGCUAAAGGAGAAGUUAGAACGUUACCCAAAGGUGGUGUUGAGAGUUUGUUUUCCAGACCGCCAUGUCCUGCAGGGGUUCUUCCAUCCCACUGAAACAGUUGGCAUUUUGAGAGACUUUGUAAGAAGCCACCUUGCCGAUGCAGAGUUGCCAUUUUACUUGUUUGUUGCACCUCCCAGAAUCAUCUUGAAGGAUGAGAGUCUGACGCUGUUUGAGGCGAAACUUUUCCCUACUGCUGUGAUUCAUUUUGGAUCCGAGGAGUGCAGGGCUUGUUACCUGAAAUCUGACCUGCUGAGCUCUGCAGUUUCUCGUUCUGCAGCUGAUUCCUUGGUAGCCAGAUCAUUAGUUCCUUCUGCUUCAUCAGCUUUAGCAUCAGUGGCUCCUUCCCUAUCUGAACCAGAAGUGGGAAGUGACAAGAAGACCAUUGAGCAGCCUGCAGCAGCCAGCACUCAGGGAGCUCCACAGGUGUUAAGGAAGGCCCCCGGGAAAAUCCCCAAAUGGCUGAAGCUUCCAGGUGGAAAGAGAUGAAGCAUCCUGGGCUGCUGGAUCACUGAGCUGUCAGCUGUGCCCUUUUCUCCACGAACUUACUAAGAAUGUUUAAAAUGUGUUGGUGGCCCUGGAGAGAUCUAAUCUGUAUGAACAUUAGUUAUAAAAAGAGAAUGGCUAUUUCA